AAUGGGAAUAUCAAUGAAUGAGAUCGAUCUAUCUCCCUCUCCUUGAUCUGAUCGGCUUGCUUAAGAGCGGCCGUUUUGAUCUCGUCGGCUUUCUUGGAGGGCUCGGCGGCGAACUGGUGAUGGUCUGAUUUUUUGGCUGCUUCUUCGGCGAAGCUAUUGGGUCGUUUCCACAGAUCUUCCAUUGUUUGUCUCUUCAGUUGCAGGACUGAGAGAGAGAAAGAUAAUGUGUUGGUGGGUUUGGAACCCAGUCUCAUGUUUCUACAGAUAUUGGACAUAGUUCCGGAUAAGUUCAGAGUUGUGGCCCUAGCAGCUGGCUCAAAUGUUACUCUUCUUGUGGAUCAGGUGAAGAGGUUCAAACCCAAACUAGUUGCUGUUAGAAAUGAAUCAUUAGUUGAUGAGCUUCAAGAGGCUCUAUCUGGUUUAGAAGACAAGCCUGAGAUCAUUCCUGGGGAGCAAGGAGUCAUUGAGGUUGCUCGGCACCCAGAUGCAGUCACAGUAGUUACAGGAAUAGUUGGUUGUGCAGGACUGAGGCCUAUAGUGGCUGCAAUAGAAGCUGGGAAAGACAUCGCUUUAGCCAAUAAGGAGACUCUGAUUGCUGGAGGCCCAUUUGUUCUUCCUCUUGCGCACAAGCAUAAUGUGAAAAUUCUUCCUGCUGAUUCAGAACAUUCUGCAAUUUUUCAGGGUAAGGAGGAGAUGCGUUGAAGAUUAUCCCCUGUAUAAAUGAAUUGUAUCAUUCCUUGUUGCUGGUGGACAAUAUUUAUAAUGGAAACGUCAUUUGUACCUGUAAAAUAGGACUAGAUAAAGUUGGCUGUCAAGUAA